GUCUGAGAAAGGAGAGGGUGAUCUGCUGACUUUCCAAAUUUGCAGGAUUGGUUCAGGGCCCAAAUUGUGAGGUGUGGGUUUUAGAAUUUGGGCAGAAUCACUGUGAGUUGUCAAGACCAGCUGGAUGAUGAUGGGUUGGGAUUUGAGAUGUUAAAUUUCUGUGGUGUUGUAUCCAGUGAUGGGACUCCAUUGAACUCUGGGUGUGUUUAUAUCUUGGGAACCAGGGCUAACUGUUGGUAUUUGGGGUUUGUUUUGGAGUGUGAAAUCUGAGCCUAAUUUUUCUGUUGGGGCUUGAAGUUUAGGUAGUUCACCAUCAUGCUCAAAGCUGUGAUCCUGAUUGGAGGUCCUCAAAAGGGCACUCGCUUCAGGCCAUUGUCUUUUGAAGUACCCAAACCACUGUUUCCUGUGGCGGGGGUCCCUAUGAUCCAGCACCACAUUGAGGCUUGUGCCCAGGUCCCUGGGAUGCAGGAGAUUCUGCUCAUUGGCUUUUACCAACCUGAUGAGGCCCUUACCCAGUUCCUAGAAACUGCUCAGCAGGAGUUUAACCUUCCAGUCAGAUACCUCCAGGAAUUUGCCCCCCUGGGCACAGGGGGUGGUCUGUAUCAUUUUCGGGACCAGAUCCUGGCUGGCGGCCCUGAAGCAUUCUUCGUGCUCAAUGCUGAUGUUUGCUCUGACUUCCCCUUGAGUGCUAUGUUGGAUGCCCACAGACGCCAGCGCCACCCUUUCUUACUCCUUGGUACUACGGCUAACAGGACACAGUCCCUCAACUACGGCUGCAUCGUUGAAAAUCCACAGACACAUGAGGUCCUGCACUAUGUGGAGAAACCCAGCACGUUCAUUAGUGACAUUAUCAACUGCGGCAUCUACCUCUUCUCCCCAGAAGCCCUGAAGCCUCUUCGUGAUGUCUUCCAGCGGAAUCAGCAGGAUGGGCAACUAGAGGACUCGCCAGGCUCCUGGCCAGGGGCGGGAACUAUCCGCCUGGAGCAGGACGUGUUCUCAGCCCUGGCUGGGCAGGGCCAGAUCUAUGUGCACCUCACUGAUGGGAUCUGGAGCCAGAUCAAGUCUGCAGGCUCAGCCCUCUAUGCCUCUCGCCUCUAUCUGGACCGAUACCAGAUUACGCACCCAGAACGACUGGCCAAGCAUACCCCAGGGGGUCCACGAAUCCGAGGAAAUGUUUAUAUCCACCCAACGGCUAAAGUGGCCCCAUCUGCUGUGCUGGGCCCCAACGUCUCCAUUGGGAAAGGGGUGACUGUGGGCGAGGGUGUGCGGCUCCGAGAGAGUAUUGUCCUCCAUGGAGCCACGUUACAGGAACACACUUGCGUCUUGCACAGCAUCGUGGGCUGGGGGAGCACCGUGGGGCGCUGGUCUCGUGUGGAGGGGACCCCCAAUGACCCAAACCCCAAUGACCCCCGAGCUCGUAUGGACAGUGAGAGCCUCUUCAAGGAUGGGAAGCUGUUGCCCGCCAUCACCAUCCUGGGCUGCCGUGUCCGGAUCCCUGCGGAGGUGCUCAUCCUGAACUCCAUUGUUCUGCCACACAAGGAGCUGAGUCGCAGCUUCACCAACCAGAUCAUCCUUUGACUGGGGCUGCCGGAAGGCCCCCAACUCUUUUCCGCUUCUCUUUGAGGCUGCUGCUUGCUUGGCCAGCCUCUGUCCAGAAGAGAGCUGAGGAAGCCAGGGACGACGUGGGUGGCCAGGGACUCCUGGCUUCCCUCCCCAAAUAAACCCCUCGUGAACCUCGAA